CAUCCAUCAGCGGGCGGGGGUGUCGCGGACCAGGCUGCUCCGCAGAGCCCAACGCGGCCCGGCGCGCCCGCCCCGCCCCGCGGCCUGCCGGCCCGCAGGAGCCGAGGGGGCGCCCCCCGCCCAGCCUGCCCGAGAUGGGGACCCCCAGACCCAGGCGUGCUGGUCACCAUGACAACAGAGACAGGCCCAGAUUCUGAGGUGAAGAAGGCUCAGGAGGAGGCCCCGCAGCAGCCUGAGGCAGCCGCCGCAGCUACUACCCCUGUGACCCCCGCGGGCCACGGCCAUCCCGAGGCCAACUCCAAUGAGAAGCAUCCGCCCCAUCAGGACGCUCGGCCCGCCGAACAGAGCCUAGACAUGGAGGAGAAGGACUUCGGGGAGGCCGAUGGCCUGUCGGAGAGGACCACACCCAGCAAGGCCCAGAAAUCGCCCCAGAAGAUUGCCAAGAAAUACAAGAGUGCCGUCUGCCGAGUCACGCUGCUCGAUGCCUCUGAGUAUGAGUGUGAGGUGGAGAAACACGGCCGGGGCCAGGUGCUGUUUGACCUGGUCUGUGAGCACCUCAACCUCCUGGAGAAGGACUACUUUGGCCUGACCUUCUGUGAUGCCGACAGCCAGAAGAACUGGCUGGACCCCUCCAAGGAAAUCAAGAAGCAGAUCCGGAGCAGCCCCUGGAAUUUUGCCUUCACAGUCAAGUUCUACCCCCCUGACCCUGCCCAGCUGACAGAAGACAUCACAAGAUACUACCUGUGCCUGCAGCUGCGGGCGGACAUCAUCACGGGCCGCCUGCCCUGCUCCUUCGUCACGCACGCCCUGCUGGGCUCCUAUGCCGUGCAGGCUGAGCUGGGUGACUAUGAUGCCGAGGAACACGUGGGCAACUACGUCAGUGAGCUCCGCUUCGCCCCUAACCAGACCCGGGAGCUGGAAGAAAGGAUCAUGGAGUUGCACAAGACGUACAGGGGCAUGACCCCAGGAGAAGCAGAAAUCCACUUCCUAGAGAACGCCAAGAAGCUUUCUAUGUACGGAGUAGACCUGCACCAUGCCAAGGACUCUGAGGGCAUCGACAUCAUGUUAGGAGUCUGUGCCAAUGGCCUGCUCAUCUACCGGGACCGGCUGAGGAUCAACCGCUUUGCCUGGCCCAAGAUUCUCAAGAUCUCCUACAAGAGGAGUAACUUCUACAUCAAGAUCCGGCCUGGGGAGUAUGAGCAGUUUGAGAGCACGAUUGGCUUUAAGCUCCCAAAUCACCGGUCGGCCAAGAGACUGUGGAAGGUCUGCAUUGAGCACCAUACAUUCUUCCGGCUGGUGUCCCCUGAGCCCCCACCCAAGGGCUUCCUGGUGAUGGGCUCCAAAUUUCGGUAUAGUGGGAGGACCCAGGCACAGACCCGCCAGGCCAGCGCCCUCAUCGACCGGCCCGCGCCCUUCUUUGAGCGCUCCUCCAGCAAACGGUACACCAUGUCCCGCAGCCUUGACGGAGCAGAGUUCUCUCGCCCAGCCUCGGUCAGUGAGAACCACGACGCAGGACCUGACAGUGACAAGCGGGAGGAGGAUGGCGAGUCUGGGGGGCGGCGGUCAGAGGCUGAGGAGGGAGAGGUCAGGACCCCCACCAAGAUCAAGGAGUUAAAGCCGGAGCAGGAAACCACGCCGAGACACAAGCAGGAGUUCUUAGACAAGCCAGAGGAUGUCUUGCUGAAGCACCAGGCCAGCAUCAACGAGCUCAAGAGGACCUUGAAGGAACCCAACAGCAAACUGAUCCACCGGGAUCGAGACUGGGAGCGGGAACGCAGGCUACCCUCCUCUCCCGCCUCCCCCUCCCCCAAGGGCACCCCUGAGAAGGUCAACGAGAGAGCAGGGCUGAGGGAGGGCUCCGAGGAGAAAGUCAAACCGCCACGGCCCAGGGCCCCAGAGAGUGACACGGGAGACGAGGACCAGGACCAGGAGAGGGACGCGGUGUUCCUGAAGGACAACCACCUGGCCAUUGAGCGGAAGUGCUCCAGCAUCACGGUCAGCUCCACGUCCAGCCUGGAGGCCGAGGUCGACUUCACGGUCAUCGGCGACUACCACGGCAGCGCCUUCGAAGACUUCUCCCGCAGCCUGCCUGAGCUUGACCGAGACAAAAGUGACUCAGAAACCGAGGGCCUGGUGUUCUCCCGGGAUCUCAACAAACGGGGCCCGAGCCAGGAUGACGAGUCUGGGGGCAUCGAGGACAGCCCGGACCGAGGGGCCUGCUCCACCCCGGAUAUGCCCCAGUUCGAGCCUGUGAAAACGGAAACCAUGACAGUCAGCAGCCUGGCUAUCAGGAAGAAGAUCGAGCCGGAGGCUGUACUGCAGACCCGAGUUGCCACUGUGGACACCACCCAGCAGGUUGACGGGACUGCCCCAGGGGGGAAGGAGUUCAUAACAACUACUCCCUCCAUCACCACGGAGACCGUAUCAACCACCAUGGAGAACAGUCUCAAGUCCGGGAAGGGGGCAGCUGCCAUGAUCCCAGGCCCACAGACGGUGGCCACGGAAAUCCGUUCUCUUUCUCCGAUCAUCGGGAAAGAUGUCCUCACCAGCACCUACGGCGCCACCGCGGAAACCCUCUCCACUUCCACCACCACCCAUGUUACCAAAACUGUGAAAGGAGGAUUUUCUGAGACGAGGAUCGAGAAGCGGAUCAUCAUCACCGGGGACGAAGAUGUCGAUCAAGACCAGGCCCUGGCUUUGGCCAUCAAGGAGGCCAAACUGCAGCAUCCUGACAUGCUGGUAACCAAAGCUGUCGUAUACAGAGAAACAGACCCAUCCCCAGAGGACAGGGACAAGAAGCCACAGGAAUCCUGACCUCUGUGAAGAGAUGCUGGCGUUUCUGGUCCAACCCAAGCCAGAGAACCGUAAAGAAGGGGCCUUCAUUCUGGAUUCUCCAACUCAACACCGACGUCCCAGCUGCGACGUACUGUCCCUGACAAGAGACUGGGAAAGGAAAAGCAUAUAUAUAUAGAUAUAUAUAGAUAUAGAUAUAUAUACAGGAAACAUCACGUCCUUGCACUGCUGCCGGGGCUGGCCGAGCAUUCGGCCGACAGCAACGGCCAACAUCUGAAUGCCUACAUUUCCUUUGCAGACAAACUGAAGAACUGGUGGGAUUGUUCAGGGAAAAAAAAUUAUAACAACAAUAAUCCCUUGCUC